AUGUCCCGAGUAGAAGUUGAAGUUUUGAAGGCUGAUAUGCCAAAUGAUAUGAAAUCUUUCAUUGUUGACCAGAUCGAUGACCCACUUCGUGAGUAUAACAACGACUCCAGCCGUCCGGUAAAACUUGAACCAAUUGUCACUCAACUCAGCCGAGCCCUCAAACAACGCUAUGAAGGCGUCUGGCAAGUCGUAAUUCUUACUGGUUCCUACUCGGCCUUCUCCGCCUACACACCUGAGCGUCUCUUCCACUUCAAGUACGGCCGAUUUGUCAUUUUGGUCUGGCAAUCCUCCACUUACUAG